AUGUUAAAGACAUUAAUUCACAGAAGAAUCAUGUCUACUAGUACUUCAUCGCCUGCCACUGAAUGGACUGCUUCCAAAGUCAGAACCACUUUCUUGGAUUACUUCAUUAAACAAAAGAAUCAUACCUUUGUUCCAUCAUCAUCCGUUAUCCCUCAUAAUGAUCCAACUUUAUUGUUCGCCAAUGCUGGUAUGAAUCAAUAUAAACCAAUCUUCUUGGGUACUGUUGAUCCAGCUUCUGAUAUCGCCACUAUGAAAAGAGCUGUCAAUUCUCAAAAAUGUAUUAGAGCUGGUGGUAAACAUAAUGAUUUAGAAGAUGUUGGUAGAGAUUCUUAUCAUCAUACUUUCUUUGAAAUGUUAGGUAAUUGGUCAUUUGGAGAUUAUUUCAAAAAGGAAGCUAUUGAAUGGUCUUGGGAAUUAUUAACCAAAGUUUAUGGCUUAAAUAAAGAUAGAUUAUAUGUCACUUAUUUUGGUGGUGAUGAAAAGCAAGGUUUAGCAGCCGAUCUUGAAGCCAAACAAUUUUGGUUAGAUGUUGGAGUUGAUGAAGAUCAUAUUUUACCUGGUGAUGUUCAUGAUAAUUUCUGGGAAAUGGGUGAUCAAGGUCCAUGUGGUCCAUGUUCUGAAAUUCAUUAUGAUAGAAUUGGUGGUAGAAAUGCUUCUCAUUUAGUUAAUAUGGAUGAUCCAAAUGUGUUAGAAAUUUGGAAUAAUGUCUUUAUGCAAUUCAAUAGAGAACCUGAUUCGAGUUUAAGAUCUUUACCAAGUAAACAUAUCGAUACUGGUAUGGGGUUUGAAAGAUUGGUUUCUAUCUUACAAGAUAAAUCUUCAAAUUAUGAUACUGAUGUCUUUACUCCAAUUUUUGAAAAAAUCAGUGAAAUCACUGGUGUUAGACCUUAUGCUGGUAGAUUCGGCGAUGAAGAUAAAGAUGGUAUUGAUACCGCUUAUAGAGUCAUUGCCGAUCAUGUUAGAACUUUAACUUUUGCUAUUUGUGAUGGUGGUGUUCCAAACAAUGAAGGUAGAGGUUACGUUUUAAGAAGAAUUUUAAGAAGAGGAGCUCGUUAUGUUCGUAAAUAUAUGAAUUAUCCAAUUGGAUCUUUCUUCCAACAAUUAGUUGAUGUUGUCAUUGAACAAAACAAAGAAAUCUUCCCUGAAAUUGUUGAUGGUGCUCAAGAUUUAAAAGAAAUCUUAAAUGAAGAAGAGCUUUCAUUUGCAAAGACUUUAGAUAGAGGUGAAAAAUUAUUCGAAAAGAAUGCUAUUAUCGCUUCAAAGACUCCUGAACAAACUUUAUCAGGUAAAGAUGUUUGGAGAUUAUAUGAUACUUAUGGUUUCCCAGUUGAUUUAACUAGAUUAAUGGCUGAAGAAGCUGGUUUAAAGAUUGAUGAGGUUGGAUUUGAAAAAGCUAAAGAAGAAUCAAGAGAAGCUUCCAAAUCCCAUGGUGGUAAAAAUAAUGCCAACUUAAUUAAAUUAGAUGUUCAUGCUCUUUCUGAAUUAGAAUCAAUUCCAAAAACUAAUGAUUCUUAUAAAUAUGGUUUAGAAGAUAUUAAAGCUAAUAUCUUAGCUAUUUAUAAUGGUAAAGAAUUCGUUGAUACCAUUAAUGAAGGUGAAGAAUGUGGUAUAAUACUAGACAAAUCCCCAUUCUACGCCGAACAAGGGGGUCAAGAAUAUGAUACUGGUAAAUUAAUCAUUGAUGGUAAAUCCGAAUUUAAUGUUACUAAUGUUCAAUCAUAUGCUGGAUUUGUUUUCCAUACUGGUAUAAUUGUUGAAGGUAGUUUAUCGGUUAAAGAUGAAGUUAUUGCUUCUUAUGAAGAAUUAAGAAGAUGGCCAAUUAGAAACAAUCACACUGGUACUCAUGUUUUGAAUUGUGCUUUAAGAGAAGUUUUAGGUGAUUCUAUUGAUCAAAAGGGUUCUUUAGUUGCUCCAGAAAAAUUAAGAUUUGAUUUCAGUCAUAAACAAGGUUUAAAUCCAACUGAAUUAGAAAAAGUUGAAGUUAUUUCUAAUGAAUAUAUUAAAUCUAAUAAAGUUGUUUAUGCUAAGGAUGUUGAACUUAGUCUUGCUAAAGAAAUCACUGGUGUUAGAGCUGUUUUCGGUGAAACUUAUCCAGAUCCAGUUAGAGUUGUUUCCAUUGGUGUUCCAGUUGAAGAUUUACUUGCUGAUCCUAAAAAGGCUGAUUGGCAUAAACUUUCCAUUGAAUUUUGUGGUGGUACUCAUGUUGCUAAAACUGGUGAUAUUAAAGAUUUAGUCAUUGUUGAAGAAUCUGGUAUUGCUAAGGGUAUUAGAAGAAUUGUUGCUGUUACUGGUCAUGACGCUCAUGCUGUUCAAAAGCUUGCUAAAGAAUUUGAACAAGAAUUAACUCAUACUGAAAAUUUACCAUUUGGAUCAAUAAAGGAAACCAAAGCUAAAGAAUUAGGUGUUUCAUUAAAGAAAUUAUCAAUUUCCGUCUUAGAUAAAUUAAGAUUAAACAAACAAUUUGAAAAAUUAGAUAAAUCUAUUAAAGAUGAAUUAAAAGCUAUACAAAAGGAAGAAUCUAAAAAGACAUUAGAUGUGGUUAAUGGAUGGUUAGACAAUAAAGAAACUCCAGCUGGAGAAUAUUUUAUUGGUCAUAUUCCAAUCAAUGCCAAUGCAAAGGCUAUUGCUGAUGCCAUUAAUUUAAUUAAAAAACAAUAUAAAGAAAAAUCAAUUUAUUUAAUUACUGGAUUGAAGGAAAAAGUUGCCCAUGGAUGUUAUAUUUCUGAUGAAGCUCUUGCUAAAGGUAUCAAUGUUACUGAAUUGGGUAAUAUUGUUUCAGGAGCUAUUGGAGGUAAAUCUGGUGGUAAAGGUAAUACUAUUCAAGGUAUGGGUGAUAAACCUGAAGGUAUUGAAGAUGCUGUUCAUAAAUUAACUGAAUUAUUUUCAUCUAAAUUAUAG